CAGGAUGGCUUCCACUGUCUCAGACCGAAGUGUUUCUUUGAGUGACCAAGUACAGGUCAAGUUCCAGAGAUUCAAGGAGGAGCAGACUGAUGCGUUCAAGAGAGGAAACACCAAACAUUUUGGGGUGUCAGUAAUAAUGUUGGGGGUGAUGGUAGCUUGCUUCGGGGUCCCCAUGUACUUUAUCCCGGGGAGCUACAUUGUCCAAUCUGGGAUGCCUUGGUGGACUUCAGCUUCUUUUAUUGUGACUGGAGUUCUUUUCAUUAUCAUGGAGAAAAAGGCCAACAAAAUUAGUUUCUGGUCCAAUGUGAUCUCCAGCGUGCUCAUCAUUCUGGUCGCCCUGACUGCUGCUGCCUUUGUGUUCAAGGAAACAUUAGACAACAAAGUAUUAAUGAUGUGCCUGGAAAUCAGUGACAACUGCACCCACUUCAACAUCCCCUUGGAAAUGAAUUUGCAUAUGAAGAGUGUGGUGUUAUUGAUACUCUUCACCGCUGUCAGUGUGUCCGCUGUGCUGCUCUAUAUAGUCAUCAGAGAGAGAGACGAGUACGGCUUGUACAGGAAUCUAGAAAUGAAUGAUUUAGUCACUGCACCACCUGUCACAGAACAUGAGUGACAUAACAAUCCAGGCUUUAUCCUGUGAGACUCUUUCAAGCAUUUUUGGGUUACUACAUCAUAACUUUCAGCCCAGUUGUAUUUUGGGCGCUGGACUCUUUGACCUCUUGCACUUUAGCGACCAGUUGACCAGAUGCUUUUGAUGGCCUGACAUCAUCAUGCUAACAGGAAGUGGUCACUGUCAUCUGGAUUUGUUGGCUGAAGAAACCUUCUGUGCUUAUUUGCAUUUACACAUUUUAUUAUCUAGAUACUUUGCAGUAUUACUAUGCCCAUGAUACUUUUCCUCUGUUAUUAACUUUACUUAGUUUUGUAUUCAUCAAUGAAUAUCAUAUAUGCAGAUCCCUAUGAGAAAACAAAACAGCAGGAAAAAUGCAAGACAACCCCAAAGCCAAAGAAACUUCAAAAAUCACUGAGCAUUUUUUAUUGGUCACUCACACUGACAACUGCAUGAGUGUUUUUUUUUAAUAUAUUCACUGACGUUUGUUGCAUGCCUUUAAUUUAUUCACUUUUUGUCUGUUUUUAUGUGCAUGAAGCACCAUUGCCUGUCUGUCUGUUUCUCCGCCCGCCCAUCUGUCUGUCCGAGUGUAUCAACUCCGCACCACAUGGACCAGUUUUGAGGAGAUGUGACAAACUUGUUCUUUCAAAGAAAGUUGUUCAAUUUUCCUUGGGAUAUCUUGAACGCAUCACGUUGCACAAAGUUUUAAAAUUUUAAAAUUUCCCUUUGAAAAGCAUUGGUGAGUUGGCAAAACUCACGGAAAAGCGUUCUGUUCGACUUCAGAAUGAGUCCCGUGUGUUAAUUUGACUUUCAGAGCGGUGACUUGAACUUUUAUAUUGUGUUGAUUUUCCUGCUCAUGUGCUCAAUACACAUUGAGUCAAACACCAGGUAGAGCGGGCACACACAAAUAGCACACAGAGUCUGCGCCGUUUCCAGGUGCUUUAAAUAAGUUAAAUAAUAGAACAGAAAAGAACAGUCAGUUGCAGACCUCCAGAGCUCCACUCCAUUGAGGAGGUUUUCACUUUAUGUUUUACGUGUCAUUGAUAACACUGGGUUACACUGUGGUUAAGAUUAGGGAUUAGGGGUUGUCUGACUCAAAUCAAGUAAACCAUAUGGCAAAAACCUGCAAUCCAAUUGGCUGUGCAGCAGAGCUACUGAAUCAUGGAGCUGUCUGUCUCCAACAGAAGACUAUAUAAAAGACUGAAUUGAUGAAAAAAUAUUAUCUGCCGUUUACUAUUGUAGAGAGCUGAUGUGAUCAACCUGCAGCUAAAUGGUGUUGGAACAAAUUAAUAAUACGGCAAUGCUUCUGCUGCCCUAAGCGAUUUAAAUAGAGGAGGAGUUUAAAAAUGGACAGUGGCAUCAGGAAGUGGUUUGGGGUGGGGGGAUUGUGGGCUUCAGUAGCUGAAUCCCCUGGUCUAUGUCUCCCAGGCCCCCACACUAUGAUAUACACAAACAAUUGUGGCAUGCCUUUCAUCUUCUUGCCCAUCGUGUACCGUUCAUAUUCCCAUUAUACAAUAAGUCGGUUCCUUUCCAAGUCCUAACUUACAUUAAUUUAACGGAUUACUUAAUUUUAACUAAUAUUAAUAGUUAGAGGGGGAACUUAUGUCCGUCCAUUUUCUCCUUUCAUGGAUUAAUAUUAACACAGAUUGUAUGCUAGUAUUGGUCAUUUUGUAUUAGAUAUUUUAGUAGCCCGCAUUGUCACCCUAGAGAUGGGCGGGGUCUGGACAGAUGAUUGACAGCAGGAUAUUCACAGGAGAGCUGAGCUCUGUGGAGCUUUCCGUUACACUUUACAAGGCCGGGAAGGCUGGAGAAGGUGGGUCGUGGUUCCCAGGUCAUUAUAAAGAACGGAAAGGGACACCACUGACGACGGUCAAGAACACUGUAGUUAAGUGACUUGUCAUUUUUUGAUAGGUUGUUUCUCACGGCCUUAAUAGUUAAGGGUGAUUCUGCUAGAAGACUACUGUGAAUCAUCUGUUGUAAAAUAAAUGCAAACUCUAUAACACA